AUGGAGUCUCUUCUGGUUGAAGAAAAGACUAAUGGUGGACACUGCAUUGGCCCCAAUAGUGAUGGUGGUGGUAAGUCUUCCUCCGUUAUCGCCGUUGUUGUCUUCAGCACGUUGGUGGUCGUCUGCGGCUUUGUAACUUAUGGCCACAUUCUUGGAUAUUCAUCACCUGCUGAGUCUGGACUCAUGGAUGACCAGGACCUCUCAUCGGCUGGGGUAGGUACUAAUAUCUGUUUUCGGUUCUUUUUGACUGUUGGAGGAAUAGUCGGAGCAUUCAUAGGUGGAAGGAUAGCAGAUCUCAUUGGUCGGAGAGGUACAAUGUGGCUGGCACAAAUAUUCUGCAUCAUGGGGUGGCUUGCAAUCGUUUUCACAAAGCCAAUUCGACAGUUGAUGCUAUGCUGUGGCUUAUCACUAUCAUUUUAUAUUGGGACCAUCAUCACUUGGCCCGUGCUGGCUCUAAUUGGAACUGUUCCAUGCCUAUUACAGCUUCUAGGUUUAUUCUUCAUUCCAGAGUCUCCUAGAUGGCUAGUGAAAUUAGAAGCUGCUCUAUGGAGGCUAAGGGGAGAGAAUGAUGAUAUUUUUCAAGAAGCAGCUGACAUCUGGGACUUCACUGAAGCCUUUCAGCACCACUCAGAAGCUAGAAUUCUGGAUUUGUUUCAGAGGAGAUAUGCUUAUUCUCUCACAUUUGGAUGUGGGUUGAUGGUGCUGCAACAAUUUUCAGGGACAAAUGCAAUUGCAUCUUAUGCGAGCUCAAUCUUCAAAGCAGCUGGUAAAAUCCUUGGUAUGGAGUAA